AUUUGCACGAUAACUCGUAAGAUGGAGAAACAGACUUGUCAACUCGUCGGCCGCUUUCGAAGUCGAGUUUGCGACACUUGUCAAAGGGUUCUGUAGACAUUCUAGAACGCCAACGGUCACAGCCGCAAACAGUGCACCCCACACCCUGCGACGCGCUUACAAUAGUCGCCGUACGCGUUAAAUGGCCAUACGAAAAUCUCAGCGUGAGGCAUGAUACAUCACCCAAAGCCUCUUCCUGACUUUACCUCUACAAACUUCAGAACAAAACCACAGCAUCAAACCACAACAUGCUCAUCGGCGUCUGCGGCAGUAUUUGCUCCGGCAAAAAGACAGUGGCCCAAUAUCUCGUUGAGCAUCAUGGAUUCAAACUCCUCCAUCUACAGCCACAAUCGCAGCCAAGACCCUCGAAUUCCUCGCUUGGAGCCGAAUCCGCAUCAUCCGCGGAACACGGUGCAGAGUCUCCAUCACAGUCUACUGACUCGACAGCAUUCAAAGGCGCUCUGACCUCAACAGCGCUCACCACCAAGAAUGGUCACCAGUCUGCUUCUGAAACCACGCUGACUCUCCGGGAUGGUCCGCAACACGUGUUUUCCACAGCUGAGGAACUCCUCGACUUUGUGACAAAACGCUGGCGUAGCCGCUUUGUCACUACCGACAUUCCCACCGAGGCCGUUCUAGACGUCUUUCUUCGUCGACCAUUCUUUUUAUUGCUCUCCGUCGAUGCGCCAUUGACGGUCCGCUGGCGACGGUUCCAGGACCGCGCGAGGCAGAGGCAUGCGGGAGAGCCUGACAUGAGUCUAGAGGACUUUGUCACAGAGAGCGAUGCCCACCUAUACGACGCAGAGAAAGGCCUCUCACCCCUUAUCUCGCGUGCUGUUGUGAGACUUCUCAACACGUCAUCCUCUCUAGCCCACCUCUAUGCUACCCUUGGCAAGCUGGACAUCCCAAAUCCUGAUCGUCUUCGUCCUUGCUGGGAUACUUACUUUAUGGAAUUGGCAUCCCUUGCUGCACAACGCUCCAACUGUAUGAAGCGUAGGGUCGGAUGUGUGCUUGUUGGCAAAGAACGCAGGGUUAUUAGCACCGGCUAUAAUGGGACUCCAAGGGGACUACAGAAUUGCACUGAAGGAGGCUGUCCAAGGUGCAAUGACGGCAACAGCUCCGGAGUGGGCUUAUCGACUUGCCUGUGUAUCCAUGCCGAAGAGAACGCACUUUUGGAAGCGGGACGAGAAAGAAUACGCGAGGGUUCUGUCCUAUACUGUGACACGUGUCCCUGCCUCACAUGCAGUAUCAAAAUCUGCCAGGUGGGCAUUAGCGAGGUUGUCUACGCUCAUACAUACAGCAUGGACAACGACACAGCCCGGGUGUUUAGGGAGGCUGGCGUGAAGCUGAGACAGUUUAUACCAGUAAGUACAUGAACCCUCCCUUCGAGUCCAGAUCUGGACGAAAUUUUGUCAUUCACUAGUGCCCCUUGAGAGUUUGAUACUGACUCAGAU